CGCUGCACACCUGAGCCUUGCGCGCCGCCCACCGCCCUCUCCAUUGCGGCUGGGUCCAAGUGCUAAACCUUCUCGUCGGCAGCAGUCCAUCUUCCACUACUCCUUGAAACUCGCCCGAGUAUUAUUCGACCAUCGUCGCGCAACCAUUGGGAUCGGGAGGGAGGGCCAUCGAGUCGCAGCAUUUUGUCAUUCAGCGCCAUCAUGGACUCUAAUCAGGCGGGGGGUGCCGGGUCGAGCAACUCCAGCGACUUUGUGCGCAAGUUGUACAAGAUGCUGGAAAACCCGAGCGACGAGAGCGUCGUACGAUGGGGAAACGAUGGCGAUAGUUUCGUCGUCCUAGAAAACGAAAAGUUUACGAAACAUAUACUUCCCAAGCAUUUCAAGCACAGCAACUUUGCAAGCUUUGUCCGCCAACUGAACAAAUAUGACUUCCACAAAGUCAGGCAUAAUAAUGAAGAGAACGGGCAGUCGCCAUAUGGGCCUGGGGCGUGGGAAUUCAAGCACCCAGACUUCAAGAUGAACAACAAAGAUGCGCUCGACAAUAUUCGGCGAAAAGCACCCGCACCGCGCAAACCCAACCAACCGAACGAGACGGACAUGCUCGUCCCAUCGCAACAGAUGGACAUGGUGAGCGGACAAUUGAUGGCGACACAAGCGCAACUGCAUGCGCUCGAGGGACGAUACAACGAAUUGAGCAUCCAUCAUUCCAUGCUGUUGCAGGAAGUCAUCGGCCUGCAAAAGACAGUUGUCAACCAUGAGCAUGUCAUGCAGCAGAUCAUGACCUUCUUGCAUGGGGUAGACGCAACGCAGAGGAGGAACAGCAAACUGAGCUUUGGCCCCAACGGCGCGCAACCGCCAAACGGCAAUAUCGAGGGUGCCAAUCAGGCCGCCGAUGAUGACAACCCUGCUUCACCUCUGCAGCAUGCCUCCAAGCUUCUCAGCGAGACAAACGCCGAUGUUAUGCUGAACCCAAGAAACCUGGAACAAAUGAAUGAGAUCACCAUGAGAAUGAACGGCACAUUGACAACACCGCCGCCAGACUUUGCGCGGGCAGCAGUCCGACCUACAAGUCGCGGGCCACCAUCGGCAAGCUCAGCUGGCUCCAUGCGCCUCGAAAAUCUGGAUAACCUGGUCUACCCAGUCGGCCAAUCGAACGGUAUCGAUCCCAUGUACAGUGAGCACAUUAACAACAUCCCUUAUGCAGCUCCACCAAAGGCUGUUGAUGCUGCCGAGCCUAAAUUUCUGGAAGGAAGAAAAAAGAGUACCAUUCCAGACCCCGGCUGGAUUCGUCCCCCCCAAAUCUUGCUGGUUGAAGAUGAUCCCACGUGCCGGCGCAUUGGAAGCAAGUUUCUAUAUGCCUUCCACUGCUCCAUUGACAGUGCUCUCGACGGAUUGGAAGCCGUGAACAAGAUGAACGCAGGGUCCAAGUACGACUUGGUUUUGAUGGAUAUCAUCAUGCCAAACCUGGAUGGCGUUUCGGCUUGCCAUCUAAUCAGACAGUUUGACACCACCCCGAUUGUGGCAAUGACAUCUAACAUUCGAAGCGACGAUAUUUCAAUGUACUUCCAGCAUGGCAUGAAUGAUGUGCUUCCUAAACCUUUCACGAAGGAAGGCCUGUUGCAUAUGCUGGAGAAGCAUCUUGUCCAUCUUAAGAAGCCGUCGGCGCAGGGAGAGGGGAUGGCAGCGCCCCAGCCUGUGCAAAUAGCUCGGCAAUUGGUUCUUAAGGAGGAAGACUCGCCCGCAAAGUCACCCGCGACCGUAAGCAACUGGAACUCGCCAAGCCAGAUGCCAGGUGUAUCUCCAGUUGGCAGCACUGUUACCGAUGAGUAUGCGCAGGCUUUGCAAGGCCAACCAGUGCAGCAUCCUGGUGCAUACAGUGUCAACCCCAUGCAAGCCAAUAUUGGUUACAAUAGUUCGCCACAGAUGCAAAUGCAGGCGAGACAGCAGCAGCAGCAACAACAACAACCACCAGCUAGUCAUCGCAGGCAAAUCUCAGACAUUUCUGGUGGCGAUGACAUGAGUAAUCCCGCGAAGCGCCAGCAAAUGUACGCUCCACAUAUGCCACAGCAGAUGAAUCCCAUGCAACAACGCCCACGAUGAUGCAAUGGAGAGCCUAGCUUGCUCACCGCAGAGGUUCGAUGAGCGCUCCUUUUCUGUGUUUAAGUUUUUGGUCCUUGGAUUUUGCCCUCAGAUGAUGGGCAUUGCAGCCGGAGAGUGAAUCGAAAAGGAAAAAUAAAUACGUUGGAGAGCCGGCAUUGUCGAGCCCGGCUCUUGUACGCUACAGGUGGUGCUGGCAGCAUAGAGGCAAGAGAAGGCAAAGGCGUUCAUUGAGGGUAUCACUUUAGGUUCCUGGGCGUUCUGAAGUGGAUUUCAAAUUUGUUCGAUAC